AAAGAUUCGCGGGAGAUAGAGAGAGAAGAGAGGAGAGAGAGUGGCAAAUUUACGGAUUAAUCAGAAGAUUAGCCAUUGAUUUCCUUCAAACCCCUUAAAUCUCAACCGUCCGUUGCUGAUCUCUCUCCUCCCAUUGCGCUGAUUUUCUCCGGGCCGUGUUUUGUUACCGGCGCUAGUGGUCAGCUUUGCCAAUGUAGUUCAGACUCAGUCUUGACACUGAAUCAGUCAUAACUGAGAUCCAUGGAUGCAAUUUGAUUCUGGCUAUGUUAACUAUGAGCAUUUGGAUUUCGAUCAUUAAAUCUAGAAAGUCAGUGCCACCACGGGGGCUUGGUCUGUGCUCCAGAGAACAGUUCUCUGCAGUUGCCACGGCAGAAGCUGAAAGGUUCCCAUUUCUUUCUUCCUUUCAUGUUUCCUAAAUUAGUAAGCUUCGUACAGAACUAAAUGGCUGCAGCAUCAGUGAGAGGGCCUCUGAGGGGGGAAUCAUGCCUCAACAGUAAGACAAUGGAAGGUGAUCAGGCAGGAAGAAGACGUGUCUUUGUCCAGACUGAAAGUGGUUGUGUCAUGGGAAUUGAGUUGGAUGGAUGUGAAAAUGCUCGUACUGUGAAGAAAAAACUGCAGCUUUCUCUCAAUGUCCCAACUGAGGAGACGUCAUUGACAUGUGGGGAUACAGUUUUAAAGAAUGACCUUAGUACUGUCAGAAACCAUUCGCCGCUUCUUUUGACUAGAAAUUGCUUGCACCGAAGUUCAUCAACACCAUGUCUCUCUCCUUCAGUUCAGGAUCUUUGUCAAAGAGAUCAAAGCAGCCCAAUAGAAGUCAUAGGUUGCUCAAGUCACUUCUUUGGGAUAAAGCAGUUGGUGAGUGAUAUUGUGGAGGCUAUGAAGAAUGGCGUUGAUCCUAUACCUGUACGUAGUGGUCUUGGUGGUGCUUAUUUUUUCCGGGAUUCUAAUGGUGAAAAUGCUGCAAUUAUUAAGCCAACUGAUGAAGAGCCUUUUGCUCCAAAUAACCCUAAAGGUUUUAUUGGAAAAGCUCUUGGUCAACCGGGACUCAAAUGUUCAGUUCGGGUGGGGGAAACGGGUUUCAGAGAAGUAGCAGCUUACCUACUUGACUAUGAUGGUUUUGCCAAUGUGCCUUUAACUGCUCUUGUAAAGAUAACUCAUCCAAUCUUCAAUGUAAACAAUGACGGUGUAAAUGGGAAUGGCCACCAGCAAAGAGAGCAUAUAAGCAAAAUUGCGUCAUUUCAGCAGUAUAUUCCUCAUGACUGCGAUGCUAGUGAUCAUGGGACCUCUAGCUUUCCUGUUUCUGUUGUGCAUCGGAUAGGAAUUCUUGAUAUUCGCAUGCUAAAUACAGAUAGACAUGCUGGAAACCUUCUGGUCAGGAAGCUUGAUGAUGGGGAUGGACGGUUCAAUCAGGUAGAUUUGGUUCCUAUUGAUCAUGGCCUUAGCCUCCCAGAAAGUUUGGAAGACCCUUAUUUUGAAUGGAUCCACUGGCCACAGGCAUCAAUCCCUUUUUCUGAAGACGAACUUCAGUAUAUAGAAAAUCUUGAUCCUUUUUAUGACUCUGAGUUGCUCAGGGUGGAGUUACCGAUGAUUCAUGAGGCUUGCCUCCGGGUGUUGAUCCUUUGUACAAUUUUCCUCAAGGAAGCGGCAUCUUUUGGGUUUUGUCUUGCUGAGGUUGGUGAGAUGAUGAGUAGGGAGUUUAAAGGUCAUGCAGAGGAGCCAAGUAAGCUAGAGCUCCUAUGCAUCGAGGCCAGAUCACUCUUGCAAAGGAGUGAGAUGGGGAUAAAUACUAGUCCUAAAGAUGAGGAUGGAUUUCUAUUUGAUUUGGAAUGUGAGGCUUCUUAUGGGAAUUUAAGCAGAACUUUAGAAGACAAACUAUCAUUUCAAAAGACCUCUUCAGGGAAAAAUGGUAUGAAUUUUCUUUUCAAACUUGAAGAGGGCUCUGAAGAAGGGAAGAGGAUAGACGCAGCUACUGGUACCAAGAGCAAAGAAGGCAGAAUCAGUAGUGUGGGGGACAAUAAUUGGAUUCAACAAAAUGCAAUACAACAAGAAAGAUGCUUUAAUGAUACACCAAUGAACAAAAGUGCAAACGAGUUUUUCUCAUCAAGUUCAAGUUUUGUGAAUCUGGCAGAUAUGAAUGAAGAAGAAUGGUUGGCGUUUCUUGAAAACUUCCAGAAGUUCCUGCACCCGACAUUUGUGAAUCACAAAGCAGGGAGGGCUGCUCAAAGGCUUAUGCCGAGGUUUGGAACUUCAUGCAAGUUCUGAUAAGCCCUACUUUGCGGGAAGUUAUAUGUACGAGGUUUCAAAAUAAGUCUAGAGUGAGUUAUAUAGAUCUUAUUAGGUUCUUUUUCAGCUUCGUAUGUCACUGAAAACAGGGCUGUUGUAAAUAUUGUUGCUUGCUUGCGAGUUCCAGUUGUCAAUCCAAUGGAAACUACACCUCUUAGUGUUUCCUUUGUAGAUCUUCCUUGUGCCAAGGGAUGGCUACGAACAAUUGACCAUUACUCCCUCCGUCCCUCGCAAUCUUUAAGGGAUGGGUAGAGACGUGGAGUAUCAAAUACAGUGGGAUAAUGUUGUUUUAAACUUGUGUAUAUUGUUGCAACUAUAGUAUGUAUGCAGUAUAUUAGUUAUUUACUGUCGGGUUAGACUUUCGCAACGUCCUAUACAGUUAUACUACAUAGAUACUUCGUUGAUCUUUGCUACUGUUUAUACAUAUACAAUAUUUGUAUCAUCUUGUGCGUCUUGAAUUCUCUAUUGUUUCUAGUUUGAGAAGCAAA